AUGGAGGUUUGCCGACCACUGACCCAGGUGAACCAGCGGGACUUCGAGUCAGAGAAGCGGCUCCGGAAAGACCUGAAGCGCACCAAGGCCCUGUUGGCUGACGCCCAGAUCAUGCUGGACCACCUGAAGAACAACGCGCCCAGCAAGCGGGAGAUCGCCCAGCUGAAGAACCAGCUGGAGGAGUCCGAGUUCACCUGUGCAGCCGCCGUGAAAGCACGCAAAGCCAUGGAGGUGGAGAUCGAAGACCUGCACCUGCAGAUUGAUGACAUCGCCAAAGCCAAGACAGCGCUGGAGGAGCAGCUGAGCCGCCUUCAGCGCGAGAAGAACGAGAUCCAGAACCGGCUGGAGGAGGAUCAGGAAGACAUGAAUGAGCUGAUGAAGAAGCACAAGGCAGCUGUGGCUCAGGCCUCCCGGGACCUGGCUCAGAUGAAUGACCUCCAGGCUCAGCUAGAAGAAGCCAACAAGGAGAAGCAAGAGCUGCAGGAGAAGCUACAAGCCCUCCAGAGCCAAGUGGAGUUCCUAGAGCAGUCCAUGGUGGACAAGUCCUUGGUGAGCAGACAGGAAGCUAAGAUCCGAGAGCUGGAGACACGCCUGGAGUUCGAAAGGACCCAAGUGAAGCGGCUGGAGAGCCUGGCCAGCCGGCUCAAGGAGAACAUGGAGAAGCUGACCGAGGACCGGGAUCAGCGCACAGCAGCUGAGAACCGGGAGAAAGAGCAGAACAAGAGGCUGCAGCGGCAGCUCCGGGACACCAAGGAGGAGAUGGGCGAGCUGGCCAGGAAGGAGGCUGAGGCAAGCCGCAAGAAGCACGAACUGGAAAUGGAUCUGGAGAGUCUGGAGGCUGCUAACCAGAGCCUGCAGGCCGAUCUAAAACUGGCAUUCAAGCGCAUCGGGGACCUGCAGGCCGCCAUUGAGGAUGAGAUGGAGAGCGAUGAGAACGAGGACCUCAUCAACAGUUUGCAGGACAUGGUGACAAAAUAUCAGAAAAGGAAAAAUAAACCCGAGGGCGACUCAGAUGUGGACUCGGAGCUGGAGGACCGGGUCGACGGGGUCAAGUCGUGGUUGUCGAAAAACAAGGGGCCUUCUUCCAAGGCAACGUCCGACGAUGGCAGCUUGAAGAGUUCCAGAACGGCCCUCAGCACCCUCGGGAAGGAGGGCAAGGAGGGCAAGGGGGUGGAGGAGAGGCCAGCCUCUGCACUGAGCUCCCUGAGCUAUCGGAAGAGGCUCACCCUGAAGGACUCCAUCGGGGGCACGGGGGACGCAGAGUCACUCUUCACCACCCUGAGCGAGCGGGCCGCCUCCCCCGAGAGGUCCCCGCGGAAGGCUCGCCCGAGCCCCAGGGGGGAACCAGGCCAGGGCAGGAGGUCUGAGGAGCCAAGUGAACGUGGCUCCAUCUUCUCCGCGGUCGGGAGCCGUGCCAGCCGGGGGCUGGAGAAGCGGUGGGGCUCAGACUUUGACGGGGCCUCGACCGUCUCUGCACCUGUCAGCCGGGCCUCCUCGGCCACACGGUGUGGCUCGGGCGAAGACAGGGCCCGCUCCUCCAUGAGCAUCUCACUGUCGGGCUCCCCCAGUUCCCGCCGCAGCACCUCCUGGCUGGACAGUCUGUCCAGGACCUUCAGCCCUUCCUUGGGCCGGGCCUCGGGCCUCGGCCGGGAGAGCCCUGACUCCCGCCUGUCCCUGGGCCGGGGCUGCCUGGAUGAGUGGGAUGACGGGGCCAGCGUGGCCUCUGAGUGAGGCGCACUCGCAGUACAGCCACCCGUCGCUGGCCCGCAGCCUGUCGGUGCCGCCGCAGCCACGCAUCUCGGCCUCCGCCACGGAGGAGCCUCUGGGCUCCAGCACCCGCCCUGUCAGCCGCC